AUAAUCCGACAACAACAUCAGGUGAUCCAGAUGACAGUACGGAACAAAGUUCAUUCUGAGAUUUAGGAUUGACAGUCAGUUCUGACUGGAUCUUUCACUUUUAACAUGCUGUCGUUUACUGCAUGUGCAGUCCUUUUUGUGAUUGCAUUAAUAAUUUACUUUGUUUUCAAUAGAGAAUUCAUAUUUAAAAAGAAAAUCACAGACUUUGAAGUAAAAUUUCCAGAAGAUAAGAAUAAGGAAAAGUCAUUUGAGCGUGAAUGGUAUGAUGUGGCAAUAGUAGGUGCUGGACCUGGGGGAGCAAGUACAGCUUUCUUUCUUGCAAAACUUGGCUGGAAAUGUCUGUUACUUGAGAAAAAGAAGUUUCCACGAGACAAGUAUUGCGGCGAUGCAGUGUGCAAGACUGCCAUUGAGUUACUCAAGGAAAUGGGAAUUUAUGAACAACUCGUUCGUGAAAAUAAAGUUCAUGUUUCAGACAGUGGAGGUAUGUGCAGUCCCGGAGGCCUUAGCUAUAUUGGGAGAAGUAAGGAGGAUUAUGGAGAAAUACCUGCAGCUCUUGCUUGUAAACGAAUCUUUCUUGAUGAGGCCAUAGCUAUGGGUGCAAAAAGGAUGGGUGCAGAUCUGAAAGAAGAACAGCCUGUGGCAGAUGCAAAAUUUGAUAAUGACACAAAUCUAUGGACAAUUAAUAUUGAAGAGAGUGAAACAGCUUAUAAAGCAAGGGUGUUGGUGUGUGCUGAUGGAGCUCCUUCACGCUUGGCGACACAGCUUGGAAUUGUGAAUCGCCCACCAGAUAGCACGUGCUCACGAGCAUAUGUCGAAGGUGGAACACACAAAUUUAAAGCAGACGGUGUUGUUUUCUACAAUAAAGAACUUCUGCCAGGAUAUGCUGCAUUGUUUAGACAUCCAAAUGAUGUAUUAAAUUUCUGCUGUUACAUUAUACCUGGGAACCCAAAAUGUACCUCGGAUAAUCUUGCAUACUGGCACGAUCAUCUCAUGAAAGACGAUCCAAAUAUCAGUCGUGCCCUUGGAAAUGAUUAUAAAAUUGAAAGAAUGAAAGCAGCAAGCUUGCGUCUUGGUGGUGAAAAGUAUAGUUAUGACAGACAUUGUCUAGUUGUUGGUGACGCUGCUGGAAUGACGGAUCCACUUACAGGGGAGGGAAUUCAUCAUGCUAUGGAAGGAGGAAAGUUAGCUGCCCAAUUUCUAGAUGAGGUCAUCGCCCAUGGCAACUAUGACAAAGAGGUCAUGUCUAUUUACCAUGACAGAUGGAUGAAACUGUUCGGAUAUGAUUUCAAAUGGUCAAUGAUAUUUUGUCAGAUGACAUAUCGAUUCCCAAUUUUGCUGGAUGCUGCUACAGCUGCUGUACAGAGAAAGGGAGAUAAAAUGCUCCUGAAAUGGGCUGAUAUCAUGACAGGACGUGUACCGAAGAUCAACAUGUUAAAGCCAGAAUUUUCCUUUACAAUAACAUUUGAACUUAUUUUGCUGAUAAUGAAAAGAUUAUUAGGGAAACCUGCAAAAAUACAGAAAGGUGACUGAUGAGAUUAUUGGGAAAACCUAAAAAAAUAGACUGAUGAGAUUAUUGGGAAAACCUAAAAAAAUAGACUGAUGAGAUUAUUGGGAAAACCUAAAAAAAUAGACUGAUGAGAUUAUUAGGAUUACCAAUAAAAAUACAGUAAACUGUCUGAUAAUCUUUACUUGGGAAAUCCUUUAAAAAUACAGAAAACUGAUUGAUAAAUUAUUAUUGGGAGAACCUACAGAAAAUGGACUAGUAAGAUUAUUUGGGAAAACUGUAAAAAUACAAAAAAACUGUCAGAUAAUAUUUAAUUGGGAAAACCUUUAGAAAUACAGAAAACUCAUUGACAAUAUUAUUGAGAAAAUCUUUAAAAAUAAAAUACAGACUUUUGAAUAAUAACAUUAUUGGGGGAAACCUUUAAAGAUACAGAAAGGGGAUUGAGAAUAUUUUUGGGAAAACCUUUAAAAAUACAGAAAUCUGACUGGUAAGGUAACAAGGAAAAUAUUUAGAAAUCCAAAAUUUUUACUGAUAUUAAGUUUCUAUAAUAUCUUGUAGAAAUCCUUU